CCCUGGGGCGGGGAGGCGAAGGCCCGGGAGGAGGGGGUCGAAACGAAGGCGGAGGAUCCUGGCUGCUACUCUGAACCCGACCCCGAUUGUCUUAGACCCCAGAGACCAGAGAAAGGGAAGGGCGUCUCCUCCCCCUUCCUCCCCUCCUCCCUCUCCUCAGCCUUAGCCAUGGCCGAGGCAGGGGCCGGGCUGAGUGAGACCGUCACUGAGACAACGGUUACCGUGACAACCGAGCCCGAGAACCGGAGCCUGACCAUCAAGCUUCGGAAAAGGAAGCCAGAGAAAAAGGUAGAGUGGACGAGUGACACUGUGGACAACGAACACAUGGGCCGCCGCUCAUCAAAAUGCUGCUGUAUUUACGAGAAACCUCGGGCCUUUGGCGAGAGCUCCACGGAGAGUGAUGAGGAGGAAGAGGAGGGCUGUGGUCAUACACACUGUGUACGGGGCCACCGCAAAGGACGGCGUCGUGCAACCCCAGGACCGAGCCCCAGCACCCCUCCCCAGCCUCCUGACCCCUCCCAGCCCCCUCCAGGGCCAAUGCAGCACUAAAUUCCUCUGUCCCCCACCAUUCCUGUGUCUGUCUGGCCCUGAAUGUAUUCAUGUGGCUACCUGGGGACUAAACCCAUGGUUUGAUCCCUCCUCCAGCCCCUCCUCCUCUCUCCUCUGCCUGAGGGAGGGAAGGGGGAGAGGAGGGUAGGCAGAAAUCCUGGAAUUCUGACUUGCUGCUACUCCAGAACCCAGACUUCUGGGUUCCCCCAGCACUCAUUUCUCCUUCCAGUACUCAUCCUCUGUUCUCCAGGGAUCCAGGCGCCUAGGUCCCGGUCUGUCGCCCUUGUUCUCACUGCCAAACUGUCUGUCCUGGGAUGCAGUUAUCUUGGCCCCUUGCAUUCUCCCCUUGAGUCCCAAGCACUUAACUUGGGUUUUCAGCAGCCCUAGCUUUCACUGCCAGGGGUCCCAGUCAGAUUGGGGGCAGUCUUGUCCCAGCUGUGCCUGUUAAUCCUGGCUCUGAGCUCUUCCAGGAAUGGACUUAUAUAAUUGGAACUUCUAGUCCUUGCUUGUGGGAUGGGAGGCCUCGUGGGAGACCUCAGGGCUCUCAGGGAGCUUCAGCCCUUCCCUUCUCCUGCCCUCCGGAGGAGUUGGGAAAGGGGUCUUUGCUUUCUCCCUGUUAAUGGGACAUGGGAAAGGAAACAGUGGUGGCCUCUCCUCACCCUUCUCAUAGGAUACAGGAUUUCCAACAAAGCCAUCCUGAAGACUGGUCACUUAGAGCCCACUGUCUCCUCUGUCUUCUGGCUUCAGAGACAGACCCAGCAUAGUGUUAGGGCCCUGGGUCCCUAGGAGAGGAAGGAAAAGAGAGGGAGCAAAGAGAUGGGGAUAUGUCCCCUAUACUACACUCUUACCCCUUCCUUCCUAGGCUUUGAUGUUCCUGCCAGCCCAGAUGUCCAGCUCUCAGCCCUCCCCACUCCUUACUGGGAUCUUGCCAUCAUUUUCGCGGCUUCUUGCCAUGCACAGUUGCAAAGAUGAGUCAAAAACAUACCACCACUGAGAUCUCAUUUAUUGCCACAGAUGCACAAAAUAAAUAACCCAGCAUCACAAAA